UGCUCAAAAUGUAAUGGCUCUGCAUUAGUCAAUUUUAUUUUAUAAUUUUAACAUGUAAACUUAAUAAUUAAAUCCUAUUUAAUCGACCCGUGACAUGGACGAAAUGUAGUUUGGUUUAUGGCAAAUUAAAACUGCUAUUUUGUUGUGAUUAAGAAGCAUUUUAUUUCCGACGUCAUCCUUCGCCGCAGUCCUACGCAGAGCCCUGCGCCUUCAUCCUGCACAUCAGUUUAUGUACCCAGAAGAGAGUGCCGCGAGGAUACUGAAAACAAAACCACAGAAAGGUACGUCGGAAAUAGUGUCAUUUUUUUGAGGUUAGAAUUGCACUUCCCUCGUUGCAUAUAACCUCACUUUUCUUCGAUUGUUCAACUAAAGUCACUACAAAUUAGUCCAAAAUGUCGUCACACAGUGAAAAUAACGGGCACAUUCCAGUUGAGAAGCUGGAUGGCUUGGCAAACUAUUCAAAUUGGAAAUUUGCCAUGAAAAUGUUGCUAACGCUGGAUGGUCUAUGGGGCUGUGUUGAAGGUACGGACACCAAUGCGACCCACGAAAGCCGCGCUUUAGCAAAGAUAUGUUUAACGAUCAAGCCCGCACUGUACCAGUACGUGCGAGAUGCCACGUCGGCAAAGGAUGCCUGGAAGAAACUCGCCGAUGCCUUCGAGUCCAAGGGCCUAUACCGAAAAGUGCUCUUGCUACGUCAACUGCAUAAAAUAGAAUAUAAUCAGUACAGCAGCAUGUCGGAAUAUGUCGAGGCGGUGAUGCGGCUCGUUCAACAGCUCGAUGAUAUAGGCAAGAAGAUAGACGAUGAUGAGGUAGCGGAGAUCCUGUUGAGUGGUUUAUCGCAGGAAUUUGACAACCUGGUGUCAGGUCUGGAAACCGCCUGUCUUACAAGCAAACUCACGGUGGAGCUCGUGCGUGCCAGAUUGCUACAAGAAGAACACCGGAGAAGUGCGAGUGACCAGGAGGGUGUGAAGGCCUACCUAGGAAGCAAAAAGAAGAAGUCGUCGCCUAUGUUUUGCCAGUUCUGCAAGAGGAGCGGACACACUAUCAAGCGUUGCUUUAAGCGCAAGAAGGAGCUGAAGAACAAUGAAGAGAAUCACACUAUGCUUGCAUCAGCCAUGGUAUGCAGCGGCAGCAGCUGCCAUGACUUUGUCGUGGAUUCUGGUGCGUCCCAACACAUGGUUGCUAAUAAGGAGCUACUAGAAGAACCUAGAGAAAGAAGACACCAUCAGUGGUAGUUGCGAGCCGUGCUUGACAGGCAAGAUGGUGCGAGCACCGUAUCCUGCUGUCAGCAUGAAGCGCACUACCCAACCACUUGAACUCGUCCAUUCAGAUGUGGCCGGACCUAUGCAAGUCGAAACUUGGGGUGGAGCUCGUUACCUUUUGACCUUCACAGAUGACCAUACCCGGAAAACGUGGGGCUACCUUAUGAAGCAUAAAUCAGAGGUGAGUUCACAUUUUAUUAAUUUUAAAACUAUGAUUGAGAAACAAUCUGGAUUUUUAAUAAAAUGUUUGCGCAGUGACAAUGGCCUUGAGUUUACAAACAAUAAACUGGCCAAUUAUCUUAAAGAACAAGGUAUUAUACAUCAAACCACUGUCCCUUACAAUCCUGCUCAAAAUGGAACAGCGGAAAGGGCUUUUAAAACGAUUUUUGAUAAAACUAGGGCUAUGCUGCAGGAAUCCGGCCUGUGUAACCGCUACUGGGGAGAGGCAGUUAUGACAGCCAUUUACCUGAAAAAUAGGUCUCCUACCAGAGCGCUUUCAGGUGGAAUUCCCGAGAGCUUAUGGACUGGGUCUCCUAUAGACAUCAGUCAUUUACGUGUCUUCGGGUGUACUGCUUAUGCACAUGUGCCUAGUCAAAAGCGUCAAAAACUUGAUGCAAGAGCAAAAGCGUUAAUUUUUGUUGGUUAUGGUGAAACUUUUAAAGGAUACCGUUUGAUUGAUCCCACUAAACCUCAUAGAGUAAUACAGUCCAGAUCUGUUAUUUUUAAUGAGGAUAAAUUUAUAGGAAAACAUGACAGUAGUAAAAAGACUUGUGGAGCCAAUUUUUAUAAUUACUAUAUCGAUAAAGACAAUUUUAAUAUUUCAAUGACUAAUAAUGAGAAUAAUUCUUUUAAUGCAUUGAAUAAUUUUAAUGAUGACUCUAAUUUUAAUGUUAAUGAUGUCAUUCAAAAUAAUGAAAAAGAUAAGUCAGCUGAGUGCUCAUCCUCUUCAAAUAAUGUUUCAGAUGCAGAGACCCUGACGCCACCGGCGUGGUCACCGCUCUCUGAGCACUACUGUACGGGCGAUGAAGGUGCAAGUGACAGUCCCGGUGAUGAAGAUUGCGUCCCAAAGGGCGCCUUGUCUUCUCUGCCGGAGUCAUCAUUUGAUAAUCAUGACAACGGUGAUGAAGUGGGUGCUCCAAGGGGUCCCGUGUCUUCUCUGCCGGAGUCUGCACCAAGUGAGCCGACGCUGCCGGUUGUUUCCGACACGUCUCGUUCACGUCCCGUACGUAAAACACGAGGUAAUGUGCCACAGCAUCUCAGAGACUACGAUUUAUCUAUGAUAGCGGACGGCUAUUCGCCAGAUGAGCCUGCAUCAUACCGUGAAGCCAUGCAAUCUUCUGAAAAGGAAGACUGGCAGCAGGCAAUGCAGUGUGAGUAUGACUCUUUAAUUAAAAACAAGGUAUGGAUCUUAGUAGACAGACCUGCAGAUGAAAACAUCGUCAAAUGUAAGUGGGUUUACAAAAAGAAACUCGACACCUCAGGUAAGCCUGCCAAAUUUAAAGCUAGGUUGGUUGCCCGUGGGUUUAGUCAAGUAGAGGGCAUUGACUAUACGGACACCUUUGCACCUGUAGUGAGGCAUAGCACACUGAGAAUAUUGUUUUCUAUUGCUACUGAAUUAAACUUACAAAUAGAUCAUAUCGAUGUUACAACUGCAUUUUUAAAUGGGGAAUUAAACGAAAAGAUUUAUAUGGAGCAGCCUUUAGGCUUUAAAAACUGUGAUAAGGUUUGUUUGCUUAAGAAGAGCUUAUACGGCCUUAAGCAAGCAAGCCGAAUGUGGAAUAUCAAAAUACAUGAUUUCUUAGCACAAAAUAAUUUUACUCAGAGCAAAUGUGAGCCAUGUAUUUAUACAAAGAAGACAAAGACUGAAUAUAUUAUUAUUGCAUUGUAUGUUGAUGAUUUUUAUGUAUUUCACAAUAAUUGUAUUAAUAAUAUUUUACAACUUUUACAAAAUAAUUUUGAAGUCCGUCAUUUGGGCAAAUUGAAUAAUUGUCUAGGAAUGAAUGUUUGUAGAGAAAAUGGUAUCACAACCUUAGAUCAAACUGAGUACAUAAAGCGUUUAUUAUUCAAGUAUAAUAUGUCAGAUUGUAAAUCUGUUUCAACACCUUUACCGGUUAAUUGUAAAUUACAAAAAUCAAAUAAGACAUGUUUAGAUGAUGAAGUCUAUCAGUACAGACAGUUAUUAGGAAGUCUAAUGUAUUUAUCAGUCUGUACUAGACCAGACAUUUCUUAUGCAUGUAGCCAACUUAGUAUGUUUAACACAUGUUUUGAUGAAAAUCAUUGGCGCAUGGCGAAGCGUGUGCUACGUUAUCUUAAAGGUACUAUUAAUUAUGGCCUUUGUUUCACAAAGAGCAAUACUUUUAACCUUACUGCAUACGCUGACGCAGACUGGGCCAAUGACCUUUCAGACCGCAAGUCCUAUACUGGCUUUGUGAUUAAGUUAGGAUCUAAUGUAAUUAACUGGGAGGCAAGAAAGCAACAAUGUACUUCUCUUUCAAGUUGCGAAUCAGAAUACGUAGCUAUUGGAGAUUGUUGUAAAGACAUAUGUUUUGUACGAAAUUUCUUGUCAGAAAUUAUCGAUAAAACUUUUAACACUGUCAUUUAUAAUGAUAGCCAAAGUGCUCAAAAAUUACUGUUAGUUAAAGAGCACUCCCACAAAAGAACAAAGCAUAUAGACCUAAGGUAUCACUUUAUUAAAGAUCUGAUUCAAAAAGGAAACUUAAAUGUAAGGUACUUGCAGACUGACAAAAUGGUAGCAGAUGUAUUAACAAAACCUUUAUGUGCUGAAAAACAUUGUAAAUUUAUUCAGGGACUUAAUGUUAAGCCUUUAAAAUGUUAAUUAAUUAAGAGCUACUUUCUCUACUCAUGAUUUUUAAAUGUGAUAUUCGUUCCUGUCUUACCUAGUUAUAGCUGCAUGUCUAUAUUUUAUGUCUAUGUGUUUUUACUAGACUUAAGCCUGCAGCAUGUAAUUUGUUAUAAGUAUGCUUUAUGUAGAGCCAUACUUAGAGCUUUUCUAGGCAUGUAAAGUGCAAGGAGGAGUGUUAGAAAUCGUGUAGUAUGCCCUUUACAUCUCAGUCUAUUAUUAUACAGGCAACACCUACUCUACGAUCAAUGUUGCCACCCUACACCUAUCCUUUUUUGUCUUUCGUUUC